AUGCAGCCUUCGUACCACGAUGCCGGCUUUCUAGGCGCUGAGGUGCCCGUAUACAACAUCGCAGACUUCUGUAAUGCCACUGACACACAAGAUCUGCUUGUGCGCAACGUCCGUCUUGGCGCAGCCCUGGCCUCCUGUUUCUCCGCUUCGAACACCACAUACGCGAAUGGGACCGACAUCACCGGCGCGCCAGCUCAUGUCGUUGUUCAACAGCAGAACCGCGGGCUCGUGAUCGUGGGGCCGGAUAUUGUCUCCGCUGUCACACGUGCCGUGUACACGCAGGAGAACGUGCGGAAUCAAACGAACGGUGUCUUGCUGGCUGGAUUAGCUGGUGCAGCAGGACAACCGGCAUCGGCAGGUGGUGCUGUUCAGUAUCUGACACCGUGUGAGAGACAGGACUCGAACUUCAACGGAAGCUCCGUGGGAUAUCUCCGGCCGUGGACAUUGUGGCUACGCAGGACUGAGGCCGAUGGGUUCUAUCAUAACAGCCUGGGAAGUCCGUUGAGCAGCUGA